ACUAGCGCUAGCGAGGAUGACGCUUACAGUAUCUUGAGCGAAUCUCAAGCAAACUAGGGGACGGGAUGCACGUACUGUUGAUCUCACUUAAGUGAUGCUGUCUGUCUGUGUAAAUAGUCCGUGUAUAUAGAAGAAGGCAGCAAUGAUGCAGGAUAUCAGAGACACAGUUCUUCUACACCAACACAUGAUAGACCCCGAUGGUGUUCAGAGCAGAUCUCGAAACUGUUUGUAUCGGAGGGAAUAUACCAACAGAGGGCCAAACUUCCUGAUCCACAUAGAUGGCUACGACAAAUUGAAAAAGUAUGGCUUUGCCAUACAUGGUUCAAUAUGUGGUUUUUCACGGCGUGUUCUUUGGCUACGAAAAGCAAGGACAAACAAUGAUCCUAAAGUCAUAGCUGGCUACUUUCUCCAGUAUGUGCAUGCAAUUAUAGGAGUUCCACGUUGUAUAAGAAUGGAUGAUGGAACUGAAAACAUUGACGUUAUUGACAUGCAAAGGGCAUUUAGAUGGAACCAUGAUUCCUGUAGGAAAAAGAGGAUAGAAGCAUGGUGGCGACAACUCCGUCGCCUUUGCAUUAAUUUCUGGAUGGAGAAAUUUUCAAGGUUUCAAGAAGAACAGCUAUUGUCAACUGCCUUGGACAUAGACAUGUCAUCCAGAAUGAGCUUGACAGGUCUGUGGUGGAAUGGAAUGAACAUAUGGUGCGUCAUUAGGCAGGAGACCUACCAACUGGAAAACCUGAACUUUUGUUCAGGCAUCCAGAAUUAUAUGAACCAUUGA